ACUACUCCAUUUCCAGCAGUUCCAUCACCACUACCACCAGCAAGAGUAAAUGGCUCGUGCUUGAAUAGCUGUUGUACCAAUUCCAAGUAUCCCUGUAACCCAGAGGGCUGCUACUGUGACAGCUUUUGUCAUUUGAACGGCAACUGUUGUGAUGACAGGGAUGCAGUGUGCACCAUAAUGGAAACGUUUCCAGUACAUCUCGAGCUGGACUACGGAGACACUGCUGUAUUAGCCUCACCAAAUUACCCUGACAAUUACUACAAUGACGCUUCGAUACCUUGGGUGAUCUCUACGCCGCCUGGUUAUGGGGUGAGGGCGCACUUUACAGACUUCAGCCUUGAGGAAGGUUAUGAUUACUUGAUUGUUAAUGAGGGCCUCGGUCCUAGAUUUGAGGAAAGUUUAGAAGUGGCUCGCUUAACAGGGACGUCAGUUCCUUUGAACGUGACAUCUCAUGGACCUCACAUCUGGAUAAGGUUCACCACUGAUGAGCUAGUGACCGCCCGGGGUUUCAGAUUACUCCUGAGUGUCGUGGAAAUAGAAGAGAGUUUCCUGUGCCCAAACCAGGAAUUCAUAGGAAUGGACAAACACUGCGAUAUCAUCAUCGACUGUGAAGAUGGAAGUGAUGAACGCUAUUGUCCCAUAGUGAUGGUGAAGGAAGGUGAAACCGCUACUCUGGCAUCGUAUGGUUAUCCAUCAAUACAUUACUCAAGGGAUUUCUCCGUGAUUUGGAGUGUAUACUCCGAUGAAACAUCAUCAGCUAUGAUCGUCAACCUGCAGUCGGUUUUCUUAGGGGAUCCCUCUGCUUCUCUAGAAGUUAUAUCAGAUGAUCCCAGAACAUUCAAAUAUGAAUCUUGGCUACUUCAAGGCUAUUUGGAACAGGACUACUCCCAGGCCGCAGACAAGGUCUUCCCGUCCGGCGAGGUUCACGUUGAGGCACGUGGAUCAUACACUGGGAUGGCGUUCAAGAUGGAAAUAGCAACAUUGGCAAAGGAAGACAUCAUCAUCUGUGGUGAUCGGCUGAUCACUGAAACCAACUAUUGUGAUGGAACUUUAAACUGCCUGGACAAGGUAGAUGAAGAAUCAUGCGAUCCGAUGGAAGAACUAAACAUUGGCAUUGGGGGCAGGUUCAUCAUAUUACCUACAUGGUUUAGUGAGUACUUCGAUUCAACCAAACCUUUCCAGCUCACUUGGAGAUUCAUAGGAGCAAGUCCCGAUAUGAAUCUUCUUAUCAAGGUCCGGGGUCUUGUUCUUGAGCCUGAGGAUACAAUGACAUUAGGUUCAGGAACUGAUUUACAGAACCAUGAAAGCAUCAUAUUUAAGCUUGAAUCAGCAUAUUUUGAUGCCUCUAGAGAAUCCUUACCAGAUAUUGUACUUCGACUUCAAUCUCUUUGGAUUCGAUAUGAGAGGGUUUCUGGUGGCUUUUCUGCAGAGAGCUUUUUCUUUGAGGUCCAUGGUGUCAGCGAUGAUUCAUAUCUGUGUGAAGCUGAUCAAAUACCAUGUUCUGGAGUAUUCGCAGGAUGCUACAAUGAGCAAGAUACAUGUAAUGGGGUUUUCGAUUGCUUCGAUGGGGAGGACGAAGAUGGCUGUGAGUGUCCAAGUAUUUGGGAAGCAAGGUGCACCCUACCGACCUUGGGAAGUGUUUGCCUUCACCGUCUUGACUUUUGCGAUAGACAUCCUCAGUGCAUUGAUGAUGAACUUGAUUGCACUUUUGAAUGUGACAACGGGCGGAUUAUCGCAGAGAGGUUUGUGUGCGAUGGAUUCAAUGACUGUGGAGACAGCACUGAUGAACAUCAGCAUUGUGCCUGUGCUUCCCAUCAGUUUGACUGUGGCGAGAGAUGUAUCCUAAAGAAUGAUGUAUGUAAUGGCUAUGUGGAUUGUGCCAAUGGCAAAGAUGAAGAGGACUGCUUUUGUUCCAGUUUUGAGUUUGAAUGUGGUAACCAUGGGAACAGAUCUUGUGUGCCUUUCUGGAAAUUAUGUGAUGGAAAAUAUGACUGCGAAGACGACCUCUUGGAUGAACAAGAAGAAAAUUGCAGAUACUGUCCUGGAAAUUAUUUCCAGUGCCUGGAUUUUUCGGGGUGCCUGGCAGUUGACCUGGUCAAUGAUGGUUAUCCUAAUUGCAUUGAUGGUAGCGACGAGUCAGAAUUUGAUAACUCUACUCUGAAUGGGACAAUCACUAAUCAAACAGAAUCAGUAUCCACUUUGAGACCAGAACCGAAGCAUACAACAGCAACCAUAGUGGAGCCAACAUGGGAACCUGAACCAGAACCGACAUGGAGACCAGAUCCAGAAGGUACGCAAAGACCAGAACCUGAACACACAUGGGAGCCGGAACCAGAACCAACAUGGGGGCCGGAACCCGAACCAGAAUCCGAGCCCACUUGGGCACCUGAUCAAGAAUGUGGUCGUCGGCCGGCUGUCGAAUUGCAUCGGGUAACACAUGGACAGGACGUAACCAGUUUAGGCUCAUGGCCUUGGCAGGUUUCUCUCUACUGGAAUGAUAUAUUUCUUGGUGCUGGCAGCAUUAUUAGCCCAGACUGGAUAGUAACUGCUGCUCACUGUGUUGAUUUACCACCUGGCAACUUCACAAUCCAAGCAGGAUCCUUGUCGCCUCUACUGAACUCUGGUGGUGCCAUCCAUGAGGUUGGGCAAUACUUCCAACACCCGCUGUACAGUCGCGAAGGAUUGACCCAUGACAUUGCAGUAAUCAAGUUGAAGCAACCGCUUACUUUUACCAAUGAAAUUGGACCGGUCUGCCUCCCAUCUCCUGAUGAUGUUUUAGAAGUUGGUUCUUAUGUCACCUUCACAGGAUGGGGUAGCUACACUAGACGAUACAGCCCCCAACCUGACUAUCUUCAGGUAGCUCGUAUGCCUGUGAUACCAAAUGACAUUUGUCAGAGAAACAUUGAUGUUUUACGUGUCCUACCUUCAAUGUUCUGUAUGAUGUACCCGGACGGAUACAAUGGCCUUUGUACAGGGGACAGCGGUGGACCCGUCGUUCAGCAGUUCGGUGGUAGAUGGACACUUGUUGGCGUUACCAGCUGGGGUGAGGUCUGCGGUGGAAGGUACAAGCCUGCUGGUCAGACCCGUGUCUCAAGUUUUAUGGAUUUCAUUAUUGAUACAGUCCGUGCCAACUAAAGUCAAGGGCUUGCAUUUGCACGUAAAAAGGAAAUGACAUCGGCAAGUAGCACAGAGAUCGAUUGUUUUGAAUGGAUUUUGUACAUGUUGUGUUGAAAUACCAUAUAUUCCAAACUUUCCAACAAACGGGGGAUAUUAUAUAUUUAUAACAUUGUCAAU